AUGGAUUCCGAUUCCUUGAGUGAUCGUCUCGCAUCGGCCUCUAGGAGAUACCAGCUGGAUUUCUUGUCUCGAUCUGACAAUUUCUUGGGGUUUGAGGAGGUAGAAGAAGAUGACUUCAGGGAAGAGUACGCUUGCCCGUUCUGCUCAGACUAUUUUGACAUCGUCUCUCUAUGCUGCCAUAUAGACGAAGAUCAUCCCAUGGAAACAAUCAAUGGGGUGUGUCCUGUUUGUGCGGUGAAAGUGAGCUCUGAUAUGGUUGCUCAUAUAACCCUCCAACAUGCAAAUAUGAAAACAAGAAGAGUCGGAGGCGGAGUCGGAGGCGGAGUCGGAGGCGGUGGAGCUCAGUCGAUGCUGUCGAUGUUGAAGAGAGAGUUUCCUGAUGGGAAUUUCCAGAGCUUGCUUGAAGGAUCGUCGCGUGUUUUAUCAUCUUCUUCUUCCACCAGUAUAGCUGCUGACCCUUUGCUGUCUUCCUUCAUUUCACCGAUGGUUGACGACUUUUUCAUCCCCGAGUCGAGCCUGUGCGCAGAGACAAGUUCUGCCAAGAAAACUUUGAACCAGAGUUUGCCUGAACGGAAAGCUGAGAAGCAGUGUCUAUCAGCAGAGGAUCAGAGAGAGAAGUUGAAACAGAGCGAGUUCGUUCAAGGGAUUUUGAGCUCUAUGAUGAUUCUUGAUGACGACUUAUAA